ACCUAAUAAUAUAAAUAAUAUAAUAUAGAUUUGUCUAAAUGUUUAAUCUACAUACUAUUUACGAGUUAUGUGCAUCUAAUAAUAUUAUGCCUACGAUGAUUUGUGAAUCAGACAUCAGUCAAUGCCAGUCAAUCGUGAGAAUUAAUUAUGUUAUUAUCGGCGUGCGCCGUGCUUUCAUUUAAGUAUUUCGCAACAUUUAGUCAAUAAUCAACUCGUAUCUGGACCGACGGGGUUAUUAUUAUAAUACAUGUGACGCAGAAAAAAACUGAAAACAACUUUGAGACUGUAACGGCAGUAAUAUGUUACUCAACAUUGUUGUACCGCAACGCGUAGAAAUUGUACCUUUCUAAUUAAUUAGCUUUUUGAACUGAUCAAUAUGUCAAUUAAAAGCUUUGUUUGGAAACCAAAUUUAUUAAUGGCAUCAUCAAGUUGUCGGGCACAAGCAGUAUGUCGUACAUUCUCAAGGAGGUGCAAGAAAUCGUUAUCCAAUGAUUCAUUACUAUUAUCUAUUUUAAAAAAGCGCACCAGAAGUUUUUUUAAAAAACAAGACUUUGGCACUCAAAUUUCAAGAUCGAAAAAGGUAAUGAUUGCUUGUAAAAAAAUGAUCACUGCUGUCAAUAAGUUCAAGCAACAGUUGGCUAAACACAGAAAAAACUUGAUCAUGUGUGUUGCUUUGGCUUUUACAUUUGAUUGGUACAAAGAAAGAAUAUGUGUGGAUGAGCUAAUCAGGUUACGUCAAGAAUUUGGAAUUGUUAAAAAAUUAAAUAAUCAAUCUACCUCAAAUAGUAUUCAAAAUGAGCAAAAUAUUAAUAUUUCUCAAAAGCCAGUGUCUAGUAGUAAUGAAUUUAAGUCUAAUACAGAAAAUAAUCCAAACCAAUUUGAUUGUUCUUAUACCAGUUGUGAUUGUCCCAGAUGUAGAAACAUGAGUGAGGAAGGAUGGGAACCUUUUACGAGUGGUUCUUAUUACAACGCCUGGAGAAAACCUAAUGUUGAUUACCCAGGCCAAAAUUUAUAUAUUUAUAAAGUGCAUGGCUCAUUUAAUGAUAUAACAGCAUUGGACUUCAUGCAAGUGCAGUUGGACCUUCAAUAUCGAAAAGAAUGGGAUAGUAUGUCUGUAGAUUUGGAUAUUUUUGAUUCAGAGCCUCUCACACAUAGUGAUCUCAUUUACUGGGAAUUUCGUUGGCCGAAAUGGUUUCAAAAUCGUGAUUAUGUGUUUAAACGGCGCUACAAAAUUGAUGAAGAUGAAAAAUUAAUGGUAGUUGUUUCUGAAAGCGUUGAACAUCCUGAUUAUCCUGAAAAGUAUAAUAAAUGGAGAGUAAAAGAUUAUUGGUCAUAUAUUGUAAUUAAACCACAUGAUGAUUUUGAUAAGCCAGGAGUUGAAUUUUCAAUCACUUACUUUGACGACCCUGGAGUUACUGUUUCAAAUUACCUCACGUCAUGGUACCAAUGUAAAGGAUUGCCUUCAUUUUUAAACGAUCAAAGAUUAGCUGCAUUAGAAUUAACAAAACGUCGCUUUGAAGAAAGUAACAUUUUAAAACCAGAUAAAACUAACAUAGAAACCAAAUUAGAUCAACCACAGACUCAAACGUCUUGGAUUUCUUGGAUUUUUGGAUACUUUUUAUUUUAAAUGACAUUAUUUAAAGAAACUAGUUAUUAAAUAGUCAAUUAUAAAAAAAUUGUAUUUGUGCAAAAAUGUAAAUAAAAUAAUGACUAUUGUUAUUAUAUACAUAAUUA